CGUCGUCGUGUCUGCUCGAUUAUCGCCUCAUUCCUCGCGCUCAUCGCCCAUUUCACCCACCGUGGCUGCCACUCGCCCCCUACUCCCGCCACGCCGCCGGCGAUGACCGACGCCUCCCAAACGCAAAUCCUCCCCCCGUCUCCAUGACGACUCCCGCGAACCCCGCCCCGCUCCUCUCCUCCCGCCCCAACCCCUCCCACCCGCUCCACUGCCGCCCCCGGCUCCCCCACCCUCCGGCCGCCGCCAACACCACCGGCGCCGCCUCGUCACCGGACUGGUUCCUCCCCCGCCGCCCUCCGGACACGGACACGCCCACCUCAUCCGGCGGCCGCGUCGCCGCACGGGACCCUGGCGUUCGCGUCAAGGCCAAGGAGGGCACCGAGGAGGAGACGAGUAAGAAGGGUAGGAGGAGGAGGUGGUGGGAGCGGUGGUCCGGGGACAAGGAGAGCUACCUGGUCGACGACGUCGAGCCGCUCCCGAUCCCCAUGACCGUGCCAGGGGCUGAGCCCAUGUCGCGGGAGGAGCUCGACCGCCGGCUCAGCUGCGACGUCGAGGUCGAGGAUUGUAAGACGGUUUCAUACGAGUGGGCCGGCAAAUGCCGGAGCUGCCAGGGGACGGGGCUCGUCAGCUACUUCAGGAAGAAGGGCAAGGAGACCAUCUGCAAGUGUGUACCAUGCGCCGGCAUUGCAAACAUGACCGAACUUUCCUCGGGGUUUGCCUUCUAUCAUGAUGAACCCGUCCCCAAGUUCCUGUCCUCACCAUGGAUCCAGGAACAUGUGGUUCCGUGUUACCCAACUGUCUUGCAGGGGACAUGAGAAAUAAGGGAAUGGUAUGAAGUACCCAAACACAAAGUUAUUGGUUAUGUAAGGAAAAUUACAUUUCGCGAAGACAUUCAAAAGAUCGAUGAGCUAGACAAUGGCAAACCACCAUAAUUUGAAGGGUCCAAGUUAUUUGACUGCUGUAUUUUAAAACUGCUGCUGAAUUGCUUGUGCUCGCAACCUUCAAGUUGACCUAUGAUUCUUUACACUGCACAUUCUACCGUUCGGGCAUCAUACAUGGAUGGAUUGUUAUUCUUUAAGCAUUGCAAACUUAUCGAUUGUGCACAAUAAUUGUACCCGUGUUACCCCUUGUUGUUCACUGACAGAUAUGAUAACAAUCGGAUAUAUAUAGAAAAGAAUUUAAUAAAUUUCAGGGUAAUUCUUUGGCCGCCA